GACACCGACUAGAGCGGAUUCUACAGCACACCGGAAGUGGCUGAUACACUGGACUGGCGAGAUGGUCGGGGAUGAGGAACCAGCUGGGUUGUUUGACUCAGGAGUCCCCGACACCGAUGGAGAGAGUACGGAAUGCGGCGUACAGGGGGCUGGAGCGGUGUCGGAGGAGGAGGAGGAGGAGGAAAGUUUAUUGAAGAAACUGGAAAUCAGUGUGUCAGAAGCAGAAAAACGGAGUGGGAAAAAUGCGGUGAAUAUGCAGGAAACCUACACGGCGUAUCUGAUAGAGACAAGGAUGUUGGAGACCCCCUCUGGAGGGCAGAACUCUCUGGACUGUCUAUGGAGGCGAUACAGCGAGUUUGAGUUGCUUCGAAAUUACCUGUCGGUUACUUAUCCCUUUGUGGUUGUCCCGCCAUUGCCGGAAAAGAGGGCUGAAUUUGUGUGGCAUAAACUAUCCGCUGAUAACAUGGACCCUGACUUCGUGGAGAGACGACGAAUAGGCCUGGAGAACUUUCUUCUGCGCGUCGCCUCUCAUCCCGUUCUCUGUCACGAUAAGAUAUUUACAUCCUUUCUAACCCAGGAAAAUGGCUGGAAGGAGGCGAUGAAUGAGACAGGACUACAGGGAAAGACCGAUUCCAGGCUGAAGGCUCUAAGUGCAACGUUUCGUGUUAAGAACCCAGACAAGAGAUUCACGGAGCUGAAACAUUACAGCGAUGAGCUGCAGUCCGUCAUCUCUCACCUCCUGCGGGUCCGAGCUAGGGUCGCUGACCGGCUGUACGGAGUGUACAAGGUGCACGGGAAUUACGGCCGAGUGUUCAGUGAAUGGAGUGCAAUAGAGAAGGAGAUGGGAGACGGGUUACAGAGCGCCGGGCACCACAUGGAUGUGUACGCAGCUUCCAUUGACGAUAUCCUAGAAGAGGAGGAGCACUAUGCCGACCAGCUGAAAGAAUAUUUGUUCUAUGCAGAGGCUCUAAGGGCUGUGUGUAGGAAACAUGAACUCAUGCAGUAUGACCUGGAGCUCUCUGCCCUGGACCUCACCUCUAAGAAGCAGCAAUGUGAGGAGCUGGCCACAGGGACUGUGAGGACCUUCUCAAUAAAGGGAAUGACCAGCAAGCUAUUCGGUCAGGAGACACCAGAGCAAAGAGAGGCCAAGAUAAAGCUCCUGGAAGAGCAGAUAGAAGAGGGAGAGGAACAGCUCAAGCUGCGCAAUGUGGAGAGCAGAGACUUUGUGAAGGACGCCUGGCUGGAAAUAGAUCGUUUUAAGGAGCAAAAGAAUCAGGAUCUGAAAGAGGCUCUUAUAAAUUACGCGGUGAUGCAGAUUAGCAUGUGCAAGAAGGGCAUCCAGGUCUGGACUAAUGCCAAGGAGUGCUUCAGCAAGAUGUGACCCUCCGAGACCACAGUACAGUGCCAGGAAGUCCAUGAACACCAAGCCACGCGUGGUGACUUGCAUACAGUGGUGUUACCAUGUGAAAGCGGCUGGGCCACGAAAUUUUCUGUUCUGCAGAACUUCCAAUGUACUCAUUUGUUUUUUUUUUUGUCUGUUUAUAAGUGCAAUGUCCAACAUGGAGGCAUCAAAACCACUGCACCCGAGGAUGGGGGCAGUUUUACCGUCGUGCCAAGAGUUUACCGGUGGUCACGCUCAUCGUCCAGCUCUUUGUACAAGUUUCACAAUGUGACUACAGCUAGCGUCUGUGGCCAACAAGUCCUCAGUGCCAAUUUCUAGACUGGUCAGAAUAAUCUUCGCGUCCGGAUGGAAUGUGACCCAUUUUCUAAAGCACAUGUAUCUAGGAUCCCCCCCCCCCCCCCCCCCCCCCUUCAAGCGUGCAGCCGUUCCCAUGAGUCUAUGGCAAGUUUUGGCCAGAGAGCAGUCCUUAUUUUUCUACUCCGUUUUCCAGUUAAUUCCUAAUUUAACAACAAAAAAAAGCAGAACACUGGUAAGUGAACCAAAUGAAUGUGGCCUAUACACGGUGGACAAAGCCGCCUAACCAGCGGUCUCCCUGGACCCUCAAGCUGUAGUGUUGUCACUGCUUCCUGUUUAAUCAGUAGGCCCAAAGUUGGUUCAGCCUAUCACAGGGCUGCGUCCGCUGGGUGUGGGUGACGGGACCACUGUAAAAAGAUUACAAUCACAAUAUAGAAAAAAAUAUAUGUAGUCAAUUUUUAGGAAUCUCCAGAAUGUAACAUAGACUUAUAGCUGCUUGAAAGCACUUCUAGGGGUGUAUGUACAAAACCGCACAUUAACAAGGUGCCACGGCAGCAGCGCCUUACCGGAUAACCAUAAGGCACUUUAAUCCUAUUUAUCACGCACGUUGCUAGGACACUACCCAAUAUGCCUUUUUAAUUUUUCUGUAUGUCCUAUUUCCAUAUCUGUCAUUUGUUUUCCCUCAUUAACUAAAGCUAUACGAGAACUGAUUUACAUUCCUCGUGCCAAAUCCACAAUAAACUACAAUGAAUGAC